AUGAAUCAAGGACGCGGUAAGGUGUACGGCCUUAGUUUCCCAACUAGAAAGCCCAAAAAUGAACUGAAGGUUUCAACAAAUAAUAUCUUUAAUGAGGAAUCCGACAAAGAGGAGGACUACAAAGAAUUUAAACCAGCCGAUUAUUCUCAAACGACUUGCAUAGCUCAGAAUAAAAUUAAUCGAAAGGUCAAAACAGAGUUAGAAAAAGCCUUCGAGGAAGAUCCCUCAGUAUUCCAAUACGAUGAAUAUUUGGACAAUAUACACGAUAAAAAAGCAGAGGAUAUUUCGCGAAGAACCGUCAAAACAUCCAAGUAUGUGGGCAGACUUAUAAAGGCAUCCAAUGAGCGCAAACUUGAGAGGGAGCUAUGUGUUGAGCGGAAGGCUCAGAAGCAAAUUGAAGCAGACUCUGAUCUGUAUAACAACAAGGAGUCAUUCGUUACCUCAGCGUACAAAAGUAAACUAACUGAACUUCACGCACUCGUAGAAAAACGCAAGGAAGAAGAGGGAAGGGAGCAAGUUAUGGAUGUUUGCAAACAAGAUGGCUUAGGAGGUUUUUACCGGUAUAUGUUUGAUAAUCAGGAUAAAACAUGUGCGGGGUACUCAGAGGAAUUUCACCGUCACACUACAAGUAAAGAAGAUCGUUUAGAAGCAGAAUCUAAUUUUUCAUCUACCAUUAAAAAACAAACCAUAAAAGAACAUACAAGGGAAAAGACCGAUGUUAUUGUAAAGCAUUGUGAAGAUGAUGAUGAUGAUAAUAAUAAUAGUAGUAAUAAAAAUGUAUCAUCGCCUUCACCAAAGAAAGCUCUUCCUAACUGUGAUGAUUAUGUAGCCGAAAAAGACCGUACAGAUGAUAAAACAAGCAAAGCCUCUCAUCAACCAAAGAAAGAUCUAGAUACUUAUCUAAAUAAAAAGAAUCAAAAAAUACCUGGAGUAAUAACAGCUCGUCCACGUGUAACUACCGAUGAAGAAUUAGCUGCUGCACGUCAACGUUAUCUAGAUAGAAAGGCAGCUGGAAUACAUGCAAUUAUCGUUGAAUCAGAUUAA